AAAAAACAGGGAGAAAUAAGGAAAGGGUCUUCUCUUCCCUUAAAAGAGAAAAAAAAACUAUGCACAACUGUGCAAGCAUAUCCUGAGCCAUAAAAACAAGUGGUAGCAAAUGAAAAAGGAAGACAAGGCAAGUUGCUAGAGAGAGAGAGAGAGAGAGAGUUAUUAGGGUGGGUGCGGAUGCUUUCUGCUAAAGCUAACUCAAACUGGCCUCGUCUAUGCUGUAUUGGGCAGUCAGGGAUUACCAAGAUCUUGAAACAUUUCUCCCUCUACUACACCUUUUGCAACAAAACCACACUCUCCCUGAGGAGUCGUAGCUUCCUCUCUUCUUCAAUCAGCCACCGCCAAUAAUAUCUCAGCUGUGUAGCUGGUCUUCCUUCAGCAAUCAUUAUUCUACUCUUGCUUUCAUAUAUGGUGGAGGGUUGUAAAAAAUCUUGCAAUCUGCUUCAAGUUCUAUCUUAAGAAGAGGUUAAAAGAAAUGUGGAACUUGAAUGACUCGCCUGAUCAAACAAGAGAAGACGAAUCCGAGGGAUGCUCAAGCCAAAAAACAUCAAAAGAUGGCGAAGUUGACAAGGGCAAAAGGGUUGGAUCCGUGUCGAAUUCCAGCUCUUCUGCUGUGGUAAUUGAGGAUGGAUCAGAAGAAGAGGAUGGUUGUGGUGAGAGAGGAGAUAGAAUAAUCAAGAAGCAUAGUAUAAGCUUCAGCAGCAGCACUAGCAGCAAGAUUUUCGGGUUCUCGGUUCCUUAUGAUCAAGACUCCAUGGACUUGAGUGAUCCACCGGUGACCCGCCAGUUCUUUCCUGUAGAGGAUCAAGAAAUGGGGUCCACAUCGAGCGUUGGAGGUGGUGAUGGAGGUGGAGGUGGAUUGCCUCGGGCUCACUGGGUUGGUGUCAAGUUUUGCCAAUCGGAUUCAUCACUUGUUUCUCAAAAAUCCAUGGAAGUCUCACAGCCAUUGAAGAAAAGUAGGCGAGGACCGCGGUCCAGGAGCUCUCAAUACCGUGGUGUUACCUUCUACCGGAGGACUGGCCGAUGGGAAUCUCAUAUAUGGGAUUGUGGGAAGCAAGUGUAUCUAGGUGGAUUUGACACUGCACAUGCAGCUGCUCGUGCAUAUGACAGGGCAGCUAUCAAGUUUCGGGGAGUGGAGGCAGAUAUCAAUUUUAGAAUUGAAGACUAUGAGGAAGACUUGAAACAGAUGAGCAACCUCACUAAGGAAGAGUUUGUUCAUGUGCUUCGCCGGCAAAGCACAGGAUUUCCUAGAGGAAGCUCCAAGUAUAGAGGUGUAACCUUGCACAAGUGCGGGAGAUGGGAAGCUCGAAUGGGCCAAUUUUUAGGCAAAAAGUAUGUUUAUCUAGGCUUGUUUGAUACUGAGAUCGAAGCUGCAAGGGCCUAUGACAGAGCUGCAAUGAAGUGCAAUGGCAAAGAGGCAGUGACCAACUUUGAUCCCAGCAUUUAUGAAAACGAGCUUGAAUCAUCAGGGAAUGCUGCGGCUCACAACCUUGAUUUGAGCUUGGGCAAUCCAGUUUCAAAGCAAAGUAGUAUAGAAUUUGGUCAGGAUAGGCACAACGCUGCCAUGGAGCAACUUUCAGCAGCAAUGCCACUUGAACCCAACUGGCAAAAUCGGGGGUUCAGGCCUACGCUUGACCUGUAUAGGGGUGACAACGAUGGACAUGGAAGAGAUGGGUAUCGGGAGACUGAAACGACUCAGCUUCUUAGCAAAAUCCACAUUCAAUCUCUAGCAUCACUCAAGUCUAGUGAAAUGCCAACAUAUGUGCAGUUCAGGAGAUCGCAUGGAGAUGGUCAGAUGCUUCAUGUUCUUCCCCCACAGUUCAAUCCACCAAAUUAUCAAGUCCAGUAUCCAAGCAGCAGUAGUGGAGGCCGAAUCGGAAGUGAUCUUUCCCUCUCUCCCACCGAGCUUCAUCAUCGUCGUCAUUAUCAGCAAUGGCAAGCAGGACCUCCCCAGUUUGCAAAUGCUGCAGCAUCAUCAGGAUUCUAACAGCAGAUUAGGACUCCACAAAACUGGAUGCAGAAAAAUGGGUUCGACUGUCUCACGAGACCCUCUCAACCCAUGUAUAAAGUAGCCGUUCAUCUUCCUUGCGAAUGCAAUCUUUCAAUCCUUACCAUGCUUGCUAGCUGUGACAUGCAAAGAGCGGGCUUUUAACUAUGAGGCAUAUCUUUCUUUUCACUGUCCACCCAUUCCCAAAAGAGCCACCCCCAACAAACAAGAAAUUGUUGGCCAAGAAAGAACCAAGAGACAAGGAAGUUCCAAGUCUUUGGGAAAGGUUGGUCAUCAGUUUGAACUAACAAAGGGACGAAAUCUUCAACUAGAUAUAAAUUUAUUUCAGGGUUCUGACUAAAACUGUUGGCUUUGCUUUUCUUCAUUUUUAAUAAUAAUACUGUUUUGUUGCUCUU